AAAAAAAAAUUAUCCUCCCGCAACCGCCCGCAACCGCAAACGCUAACUGGAACUAGCUUUUGAUUUUAAGAGGUUCGGAGCGGUUUAAAGCGAUUUGUAGCGGUUUGUAUGAUUGUUUCGAAACGCUGUCAACCGCUACCAACCGCAAAAGCUGCGUUUGCGGGUGGUAGCGGGGAAACCAAUCAACCUCUAAAUAUAUGUUUAUCACACAGAUAUGAGAUCAUGUUUAUAUCCGAAAAUAAAUUUUAUUUAUGGUUUGUAUUUUAGUUUGAGUCCGUUCAUAAACCCGAGAUAUUUUCAUGUUAAUAAAACACGUUGCAAUAUUUGUAAUAAACAUGAUUUUGGACUAGAAAUAAUUGACAACUUGAGGUAAAAUAUGUCACCUUGCGAUUAAAACAAUCUCUUGUUAAAAAAACUUGAAAUAAAAUAUGAACAAAACAGUGGGAAUAUGGAAACAUAUACAAAUGUUGGUAUAAAGUCUGAUCAUAACCAAAUCAAAAUCUUCCUAACUCCUAGGAGUGUCUUCUUCAGGACAAAAGUACUUGAUGUGUCUAAAAGAUAAAAGAAAACAUUUAAAUCAAUUAAUUGUUAGGACCAAUAACAAAAAAAGCUGCGUAUUUUAUCAUCAUUUUACUUUUUGUAAGCAAUGAACCUCCAAUUGUUAUCGGGAGUAUUGCUUAAUAACAUAUCGCACAUAUUGUUCUCAAAAGUUAAAAGAUCAAAACACAGCGAGAAAGGAAGAUAAAGGUUGAUGGCUUUUUAAUUAUUAGAGCCCUUCCAUUACCAAGAAGAUGCUUCGAUAUGUGAUGUGCCAUCUAACAAGUAUACAUAAAAUAGUUUUUUGAAAUAUAUGUGAAGUGAGUCUCUUUAAAUUGAAAUAUAUGUACAGGAAACAAAAUGUUAUUCUGUAAUUCAGAUUUAUUAAAGAAUGAGUCUAACGAUUAUAGAUUGAAGAUUUGAAUUUACCACGCCUUCAAAAACGGAAGUAUUAAUCUUUCAUAACUUAAAAGGUCGUUUUCUGAAGACAUCAGUGGAACCCCACGUGGAGGUGUUGUAAAUUUCCUAGCGUAAUAUAUCAUGUAACAAUGAUUUCCUAGUAAAAAACUUGAAUAUGGGAUGAUUACACACGGAAUGAAUGAUAUAAAUCAAUGUCAUAAAGUCGGUAAUUACUUUCCCCAAAUUAAAAGAUUUGCGUGAGUUCGUCUAGACCAGUCAAAAUUUUACUUACGACCAAGUUUUAUUAACUGUAGCAUUUGAUCUUUGAAAGUGUGAUGAUGACCACCUAGGCUAGUCCUAGGUCCCAACUCCCAAACUUAGUGGAGCAGAGCGCGCGUGAACAUGGCCACGAUGUGUUUCUCCACGAUGGCAAGUUAUGAAUCUACUUCUUUCUACACAAUGGGUUAACCGUUGAUCACAUUGAUCAUCUCUCGCAGGGAAACGACACAUGUGUUACUGCCGUACACGUGUAGAUUGAGUGAUCACGACACUUUCUUCUGCUUCAGGACACAGGCUUAUCUGUCAACUAUUCAAUUAACUGUAUCCAACUAACGUUUAUUGCACAAGAAACAAUAACUUAUAGGCUUCUUGUCAGUUCCCCCAAUACUAUUUAUAAUGUCCGGCUUUUCCAUAUAAUCAUCUAGUAGUACAAGUUUUUAUAGAACGGUAGAACGGGAUUUAUUGUUUUUAAAUGGCAAACGAAAGAGUUAUGAAAUGUAAAUUUGACUUGUUCUGAUAUCAAGGCAUUAUUUAGAGAAAUCCAGUUAAUGUUGAAAAGCAAUGGGCGAAUCGUGUAUGGACCAUUUAAAAGGGAAAGGAAAAAGAAGCUAUAAACGGCGCACACAAAAAUGUAUCGUGGACCAAAGAUAAUCUUACUCUAUUAAAAGGGCGAUAUGCAGGCUCCUUAAGGGUGCCACGUCGGAUCGGAAAUUCCACCAAUGAUAGUGCAGCAAAGAGACAUGUCAUCUCUUAAUAAUUUCGUUUGGGCUUCGUGUUUGGUAUAAUUGAUUUUGGGCUUCUGGUUUUAGAUUUUUUCGAUUAUUAGGGCUUCGUCUUUCUUUCUCAAUCAUUCCUUCUUCCGACUUCGGUGAUCUUGCCGUUCUUCUCUUCAACUUCCUCCUCUUCUCUUACUCUUCUCUCUGGAUCCGUUUCAUCCCAUACUCUCUUUACUUCACGCUCUAAUCAAACCUUGAUUGAUUUCAUUGAAUGGAUUCUUUUCAUCUUCCUCUCUAUCUCUCUAUUUAUAAAUCUUUUCACUUGAGUUAUGUGUCGAUCAAAAUUGAAAAUUCUCUCUCAAACAAUCGUCGCGAUGGAACCCAAAGGACACUCUCCGAUCUCAAGCCUCCGCACUACCAACAAAAAGACCGUCGCAUCUUCCGCGUCCACUAAGCCAAACGGGAAGUCCGUCGAUUCCUCCGCCACUGCGAUGAAGCGUAACGGGAAGUCUGCUGUUUCGUCUGCUAUUCCGAUGAAGUCAAACACUUCUGCCGCCGUCUCCUCCGCGCAUGACGAUAAAAUGAUGUUCUUCAGAGAUGUGAAACUCGGCCCACAAGAGGUCGACUUGAGGUUCCGUCUGAUUCAUUACUGGGAGGCUCGAAAUCCAAAUACGAAAACUCUCAUUGGACAGGAAAUGCUCCUUAUCGAUGAAGAGGGAGCUGUUAUUCAAGGUUAUGUUCCAUCGGGACGGGUUGGGUCAUAUGAGCUGAUAUCGGGUUGUGUUUACAAACUGAAGAAUUUUUUCGGCUCCAGAAACAAAACUCAGUAUCGUGUUUCUGAUCAUAACGCAACCGUCACCUUCGCUUGGAAUUCUGAGCUAUCCGUUGUUGAUAACCCCCCGGUUUCAAUCCCUGAGGAUAGGUUCAGGUUUCAUAACUACGAGGAGUUCCAGGCUAAUUGUGACCACAAAAUUGAUCUUUAUGACUAUGUUGGCCACAUGAAGCUGGUGAAUGGGCAGACUAUCACUGAUCAUAUUGUUCUCGACGAAGCCGGCAUAGCAGAGAAGCGGCAUCUUUGUGUUCAUGUUCAGACACACGACGGGCCAGUAAUGAAGCUCUAUCUAUGGGACAAAGCCGCAUCGGACUUCUGUGAGAAAUUCAAAUCUUAUGGAAGCACUCCAAGCGUUAUUUUGGUCACCACAGUCAACCCUAAGCAUCUUGGAGGAACCCUUGCUCUGACUUCGAUGGCAUCAUCUCGAGUGUUUAUGGAUACUGAUGUUCAGCCUAGCAGGGAUUACCUCGGGUGGUUGGGAUCCAACUCGGAAAUUGCUAACAAGAUUAAUGCAGAGGUUGUCACUAAGCCUGAGACAGCUACUCUUGAGGAACUCUUCUCCUACAUAAAGCUGCCAACUGCUAAGGUUGCUUGGUUUGAAUGCACAGCAACUAUAGAUGAUGUUAUCCAGGGUUCGGCUUGGUAUUAUAUUUCAUGCGAUGGGUGUAACAGCAAGGCGUUCAAAGGGCCUACCUCCCUGAUUUGUAACAAUAAGAAGUGUAUGAAGAGUGAAGUCACGGGCGUUGCUCAAUACCUAACCAGGAUAUCUGUUUAUGAUAAGAGUGAGCAAGCAGUUUUUGUCAUUCUUGGUGAUGCUGGCAAAGAGUUGACUGGAAAGCAUGCUUCAGAAUUAGUUGCCAGAUACUUUGAGUCUAAUGAGAGCGUGGAAGCUGACCAUUGCGUGCCGGUACCGCAAGAUUUGCUUGAUACAAUCGGGCAGACACACAGGUUCAUAGUGAAAGUCUCCGAUCAUAACUUGAAAGGGAAGACACGGACCAUAACCGUCACCAAGAUACUUCCACCAGAAGCUCCACAUCCUAUAGAACCAUUGGUCGAAGACGCUAUUCCAGCUACGUCCGAUGGUUUCUUGAAGACUGGAAGUGAAGUAUCCGGUUCCUCCAGUGGGUUAGUGGAUGCCGCUGGUGGUCGGGUUAGAAAAGCGUCUGAGGGUAUUGAAUCAGACGAAGCCAAGCGUUCCAAGAGUGGCUAAUGCAGCUUCAGCUAUCUUCAUACGCAGUGACUGUUUUUUGCUGCAGUAUGAGUUCGGUUUGAUGUUUACGUAACGACUUU